AUGGAAGAAGUGUCAAAGACUGUUUCAGCCAGUACAUCUGCCGCACCAGUAAAUGAUAAUCUAAAAGAGCAAAUAUCGUCUGCUGACAAUGAUAAUUUGGAAGAGCAAAGAUUGUCCGCUAACAAUGAUAUUACGGAAGAGCAAAGAUUAUCCGCUAACAACAAUAAUCCGAAAGAGCAAAGUUCGUCUGCUGACAACAAAAGGGCGAAGCAAGAAGUAAAAAAUGUGAAAAGUUUAGCAGAUUUGAUUGGAUUUUGUCGGGAUAAAGGACUCCAAGUGUACAAUGAUACAUCGAACGUUCCCGAGGCAGACCGGAUUCGAAUGGAAGCCCUCGGUGAGCAGGGUGGAUCCGGAGCAAAGAAACACAGAAGUGAUGACAGAGAUCCGAGUCUUCCACGCCGAUCCGGCCGAAAAAAAUCUAGGGAAAAAUCUUUAUCUUCCAGAAAUGAUAGGACGUCUUCUACAAUCAGUUCUGCCGUGACAAAGCUUGAUGUGACGUCGCGAAAAACGUCAGCCGUUCCGUCAAUUUCCGGUUGGUCGCAGACCACCAGCCGGAUUUCCUCUGUUCUAAGUACAUAUGACGUCCAAGAUAAAAGUAAAGAUGCUGAAGAAUUAUUGCAACAACGCAUGCGCAGACGGUCAAAAAGACGCCGUGAAAAAACACGCACUUUAGCUGAUUUGAUUACUGAAGUGGGUGCAUUCAAGAAUAACUUUAACAUGAAGUCUACUGCAAAUCCCGACAAUUCUGAGAAUCCGAAUUCAGUAAAUGGUUCGGGAGAGACAGGUGGAAGUAAUUUGAUAGUUAAUGAUAAACCUAUUACAGCCGUGGACAAAGAAGCAGAAUCGAUAGAUGAUAACAGUGUUGAACCUGAAAGGCUGCAGUCAGAUGGUGUCGAUGAACCGACUAACACAGAAUCACGUCAUGAGGACAACAGUAAAACUCUAAGUGCAGAACCAAAUAACCGAAACAAUGGAAAUAGCGGUUUUCAUGCAACAACAACCGAAAAUAAAACAGACGAUGCGAUGCAAGAUACAAACAAGAGCGACGAACAAAAUAAUAGUCUAGAAAAACAUAAUGCAAUUUCUAAGCAGAAAGAGGUAGAUGAAGAUGUUGCAGAAAAAGUCAUAGAGAAAAGAAAUGAUAAAACAACGCAAAACAUUCACAAUUCUGAAGCGCAUGUGAAUAAUCUAGAAAAAAGUAAAACAAUAUCUAACCAGGAGGAAAACGAUGUAAACGUUACAGAAAAAGUCACUUCCUCUCCUGAUACAGAUGGCACAGAAAACGGAACGAACAAUGUACCGCUUAAAGAAACAGAAGACGAUUUUAUAAUACGUGUGGCAUCAAAUGAAAAUAACCAACAAAUAACGAAUUCAGCACCGCAACAAGAAGACGUCGAUGGUUCCGCGAAACAACCAUUAGGUUAUGUUGAAAUAAAUGUCAUAGAAGAUAUAAGAAACGAAGAUAUGAAUCCGAUUUCACAUAUUAACGACGAAGAUGUCAUAACCUUGCAGAACAUGAAGUCGGGUUUACAAGGCAAUUCAGAAAAGAUCACUCAAAACACACAUACUGAUUCUAGUUUUAACAGCAAUGAAAAAGAAUUGACAGGGCAGGCUACAUCUGCUGACGCUGAGCGUAGCAUAUUAAUAGAUGGGAAAAGUGACAUAAAAAUUGAGGGAGACGGCGAAAUAUCAAGCGAAAGAAUAAUUGACAUAUCAGCUAAUGGCAAGCAUGACAUACCAGUAAAUAGAAUAGACGAUAUAAUAGCUGAUGAAGAUGAUGCCAUAUCACCUGGUGGGAUGUCAGAAACAAUAACUGAUGACAAACGUGACAUUUCAAUUGACCGAAAGUCCGAUUCGCCCUCUGGUAGCGAACGAGACACAAGGGCUGAAUGCGAGCAUGACAAAGGGACUGAUGGUGACAUAUCAGUUAAUGUUGACGAGGACAGUAACUCAGGGAAGAAAGGUUCAACACCAAAACGAACAAGUAAAACCAGAGAAAAUACAAGAGAUUUACUAAAUGAAGCUGAUGUAAAUAAAAUGAAAGAAGAAAAAGACAGCGAUUCCGAAAAAGUUAUUGAAGAGGUACGAAUCAAAGAUGGAAACUCGACACUCGUUUUGUACAAAGUAAAAGAGAAGUCGUUAUUGAGUCUUGGGGAAAAUACGGACAAUAUAGACUGGAAUCCACAAAUUAAUGAUGGGCGUUGCAGCCCCACUAAUAAAUCUCCAGAAUCAGAGAAACCUCUCCCAAGAGAACAAAAUGUCAAAAAGGUGCAUGUAGUGAUUAAUGGCGACAGAUUAUAUGACAGAAGGAAAAGCGAAGACUCGGGUGAUAAUUAUGAUAGUGCCAGUGAUAAUAAUGAUAGUGUCACAGAUACAGAUCAGGAUGACAUAAACUACGUUCGUAAUGACCAUAGUGAUAUCACACAAACCGCUUUAACAGCAAGUCUUGAAAAUGAUCCCGUGAGAAAUGAAAGUAACGUCUUGAAUUCAGAACUAUUAAAUGAGACCAAUGAUAUUGCCGAUAAGACCGAAUUAUGUGAAACCAGCUUUGAAAUUAAUGGUGCAGAACAUGACAGUAACAUAAAUAUCAAUAAGAAUUCCUCGUGGAAUAAAGAUAUUAGUUCCGGUACCUUGUCUCAGAACACCAGCAAUAAUGAUCAACCAAAGGAAGGACAAUCAAACAGUGAUAAAAUACAAGAAAAAUCAAUGAAUGGUUAUAACUCUGACGGAGAUGAUGAAUUUAUCAGAACUGAGAACUUUGAGAACGUAGAGACACUAGUUCAAACCAUGCGCGGUAAUACUGAAAACGACGGUCACGGUUUUGAUUUAAAUGUUGGUCACAAAUCGGGUGUUAAUUUGGAGGGAAAUGCACAAAUUACUGAGAAGAGUGAAGCAGAUGACAUGGCUGUAAGAAAAGAGGAACAAGGACUGCCAGAAAGGGACAGUGACGACGGUGAAAGUAAACAUUCAGGUAAUGAGAGAAAGACAUUAGAAGACGAAGAAAUGAAGAAACGAGAGAUUAAUGACAAUGAGAUGGGAGAGCAGGCAUCACAAAGCUCGUCAAAGAAAGGAAUGACAGCUGAGGAAUGGGUGAAUUUUUUGCGUGAAAUUAAUCGUAAAAAGACGAAUAUUCCAUCCGAGAAGAUGCUAAGUGCUGAUGCUCGUUUGAUCUAUUUGAUGGAAAAAGCUAAAAAGACAAAUACAGACUACGGCAAAGAACACGUAAAAACCAUUAUACUGUUUGAGGAAUUUAGAGGCGUUUUUAGAAAAGAUUUGAGCUUUGUAAAUGGUAUUAGGAAGCAAUUUCCGGAAGAUACAUCAGCUGAAGAAAAUACGGAAACUCAAGAGAAAGCGGAUACACAAGAGAACGAUAAUACAGCAGAUGAACAAGAAAAAGUGAAAGAAUCUGAAGAAAAUCAGGAGGAAAAGAAAGAAGAAAAGAAAGAAGAAAUAAUUUCUAAAGCACCAAACGUACCUUAUAAGGAGAUAAAACCGAAGAAAAAGAAGGUGAAACAGGGCCCAAAACUAAGCGAAGAAAGUUUGCAAGCUAUUCGUGAAAAAUAUUGGAGCAAAGGUCAAGGAAAUAGUGAAACUUUUGAAUUAGACGGAGAAGAAUAUUUCCUCGAUCCUAACGGUGAUUUAGUUAAAGCAAUUAAGUUUAAUGCUUCGAAAAAAAUAGACACUAGAUGGGAUCCAAAUCACCCUAUGUUCAAGAAAAUGUCAAAUAAAAACAAAGCGUCUGACAUGAAAGGAAUAAAACAAAUAAUGAAAGCCACGAAACCGUCUAAAAUAGAUACAGGUGACCUACCUGCAAAUAAUGUUUACGUCGAAGAGGCUAAACGAAUUUAUCCUCAAGGGUUUGAAGACGUUGCUCCGAAAGAAAACAAAGCUAAAAAAGUUAAAAAGGUUGUAAAGCAUGCCGCUAAAACUAAGUCUGUUGACAUUGGAAAUACCGGACAAGAAGAUACUGGUGUGUUAACUAAAAUAGAAACAACCGAUAAUGACAAGCCAGUUAAGCGAAAGCUGAAGAGAUAUGUAAGUGUGCCAACCAAAAUUGGAGUUAAUGACAAUAAUUUGUCAGGUGGGGCACUGGCUUCUGUGGUGGAAGAUACGAAUAAACGCAAACUGAGAAAGGUGAAGAGUGUGUCGUCAGACUCUAAAACUGAAGCUAUGAAUGAAAAUGAGGAAAUAACUGCAUUGAGUGAAGGAAAAAAGAAACGAGUAAGAAUCAUUAAACAGAACAAUUUUGUUCAACUAGAAAAUGACAGCACCACAGAAUCCGUUGUUUUGGCUAACACAGAAAACAAAACUGUAGUAAUUAAAAGAAAAAAGAUGAGAAAAACAAAAUCAGUUUCUGAUAAAGAAUUUGAAGUUGACCGUGCUUUUCUUAACGAACAAAAGGAAUUUAUUGAGAAAACAACAAAGCUCAAUAAAGCCGAAAAGGUAGCACUAUCAAAUGAAGGUAUAAUCAGAAAAUCUAACAAACCUUUACACAAAAAUAGUAUCCCUGAACUUGAGUUUAAAUCAAUAGACGAAGAAAGCAAUCUCAGUGAAUCAGAUACACACAGUACGCAGCAGAAUAUAGACAACGUAAAUCAGCCUGAUGAAGAGGACAUACAAGCUGACAAAAUGUCUUUAAUAAGCAGAAAGAGAAGUAAAAAUGCAAAUGGAAAACGCAACAAAGACCACUUAAAUGCAUUGAAAAUAUUUAAGGAAGCAAGGGACGAUUUGGAGAAAGAUUUGAGCAUUGUGAAUGGUACUACCGGUAGCCCUUCACAAAAUGGGUUAAGAAAAAAGUUAGAAAAUGGUAGUAAAAGUUCAAUGGCGUCCAAGAAGUCUGAUGUGUCCGGGAAGUCUGACGUGUCUAGAAAGUCAGACGUGUCGAUGAGCGCUGCAGUGGAUAUAGUGCAAUCAAGAAGCAAAUUUUAUAAUGACCCUAUGUCACGUGGUGAGAGCAAAAUGAAAAGUGACGAAUCGUUAGAUUCUAUCAGAAGUGAACAAUAUAAGGAAAAGCGAGCCCAGAGAACACCGAGUGUACAGGCUUUUUAGGGAGAUCCAGGUGAUCAGACGGAAUGUAGUGCCAUUUGAGGAAUCUACAAUUUCCCUGGCAGAACCAAGCAAAUCAGUCAUUAGUGACCCAGUCACAGGAUUUUUGUUUCUUAACUACGACAGAAACCGGAA